UUGCUGGCUACCGAGGUUGGUUGGGUUCUUUUUGGACUGUCAGUCUGUGAAUCCACUAUGCGGUACUAUGAAGAUCCAUGUGGCUAUCCUGCUCGCCAUCACCAUGGUCGUCCAAAUAUCGAGAUUGAUGUGGUUCCCGCUUGGGGUGGCGCAUACUAUCCGCCGCCGCCUCCGCCUCGGCCCACCGAGAUUGUCUACGUAACGCCAGCGGCCACAUAUGUUCCGGGUGGUGCUCAGGUCCAGGUUAUGCCUCAGCCCUAUGGCGGUGUUCAGGUGGCCACCACCAAUGGAUACUAUCCACAGCAGCAGCAGCAGGUCUAUCAGGACUAUCAGUAUCAGUAUCAGCAAGCUUACACUAACCCACCGUAUCCCCAAUGGUGAUUGGAAGGAUGAUCGAACUAUGAAGAUAUCAACAGACUAACUUAAGAACUCAACUAUAAUCGCAACUAUAAUGUUUCAAGUUCAAUGAGAUAUAUAUUAUAACAACAAUAAAGUGUAGAGUAUUCCAAUAAAAGUGGUGUAUUCCAAUAAA